UCGAUUUUAAGAAAUAAGGAUUUAGAGAGAGAGAGCCCGCGAUAUUUGGCAUCUGUCCCGAAUUUAGAUAAGCGAUGAGCUACAAUACGGUACCCGGCAAGAAAAUCUGGCUGGCAAAAGUGACGUCGGACUCGGACUUGAACGUAGUAUCGUCUUCGAACCUCUGCCCGUGUUCCGCUUUGCGGCAACGUGUGUAUAUGUUCGCAUUAAAUUUUUUCCAAAAACCAGGACACCGAUGUACUGGCCCCCGUGUUAUGUAACCUUAAGGUUAUUAGUUAAAAUAAUACUGUUGCGGAUCCGCUGAUCUAAGGUCGGCGCUUUAUAUGAAUUUUUUUCCGUGCAGUGCCCCGUUGUGAAUAUCCAGUAACAAAUACACACGUUGUGCAGCGAAAAUCAUGCAUCAUUUAUACCCCCUAGCCAAAGGCGACCCACUGUGCCCCCUGGGUUUCCACCCUCAAGUAAGGUGGCCCACUAGGUGUAAACGGUGCUUCAGGGACUAUAAGGAACAUGGCGGGAAAAAGAGGGAUGAUGACAAGAGCUUACGUAGGGACGCGUCUACAGCGUCUACCCCUAGUUUAUCUUGGAACUCCAGUGAUGGGGAAACCAAGAGAAGGAGUUGGGUGUCUAGUUCCAAUUUGGCGAGCGACAAGAGUAAUAGUUCCAGUGACAGUGGCUACAACAACCCCUCCUCGUGGACGUCUACCCCGGACUUGGCCAAUCUUGAAGAUGACACCCAACCAGUUACAACGGUCAGCAUUAAAUUACCCAAGAGAAAACAGAGACCCAUAGACACAGGACAAAGAACAGUUUCAGAUAGUUUUACUAUUAAAGACAAGUCGACAGUAUUCAACAAAACUGACAGUUUAGCAACUAGGGCGAAAAAAUUGCAAGCUAUCAAAGAAUCUUCUGAAAGGGGGAGGAGGAUACAAAUAAAAGAAGUAAAGACGUUAUCGGAGGAACCAACCAAUCACGAUGUACAAUUCUUAAUUCAUGUAAAAGCAAAACCCAAAAACGAACAGUCGCACUCUCAAGACAGCUCAGACAACGACGACACCGUAAGCUUGGCGGGAACGGAGACAACGGACACAACUCUGGUCGACGCGCAGGACACGGAGUUCAGGGACCAGCUGGAGAGCUUGAGGAAAGAGUUGGAAACGACCAAAACAAAAUGCGACAGGCUGGAACGUGAAAAGAGCGACAUCCUCCUCAGGAGGCUGGCUGCCAUGGAAACCACAACCAGUAAGACAACUGCGACGGAGGUGCUUAAGCUGCAGCAGAAGUGCAAUGAGAUGCAACAACAAUUAGAAGAUCACAGGGACGAGAAGAAAAGUUUAACACUCAGAGUUAAAGAACUGGAAGAAGAUUUAGAACAAAGACCAACCGCUCAGCAAGCUCAGAAGGUAGCCGAUGAACUAAGAUCCAAACUGUUAGCUGCUGAAACCUUAUGCGAAGAACUGAUGGAUGAGAACGAAGACAUCAAAAAGGAACUGAGAGAUAUGGAAGAACAAAUGGAUGAGCUACAAGACAAUUUUAGGGAAGAUCAGGCAGUCGAAUAUACUUCUUUGAAGAAAGACUUGGACCAAACGACAAAGAAUUGCAGAAUACUGUCAUUUAAGUUAAGGAAAGCUGAAAGGAAAUCUACUCAACUGGAGUUUGAAAAAGCUGAGUGUGAGAAAAAGCUAAAGGACAUUUCAGGCAGCGGUACUACACUAAACCAAAUAGAAAAAAUCAAACAGCUAGAACAAGAUUUGAAAAUGGCGAACGAGGUUUCGCUGCGUCUACAAAAAGACCUCGACGAAGCCAACCAGAGACUAAAAGCAGAGGAUGGUAAGGCCCCAGCAACCAAAAAAAAAGCGCCUAUGCUUGGAACGAUCGGAAAGAACUCUUCAACUGACGGUAAGAAAGUCUCUCGGGAAUCGCUAACAAGAGGAGGCUCACAAGAUGACCCUGCCCAGCUGCUUCGAGACCUUCAGGAUUCCCUGGAAAGAGAGGCCGAUCUUAGGGAACAACUUAAAUUUGCAGAAGAAGAGCAGACCAAACGGUUGUCAAACAAGACCCAACGUGUGAAAUCAUCUCCGCGUUCAAACAAAUCCACCCAAACAUUAUACAACAACGUAUCUAUAAGCACUCAGACUCUGUCAAACAGUUGGACAUACCCCUCCAUGUAUAACAAACACACACAAACUGACGACGACAGUGAAUCAAGAAAAUCUAGGAAUAUUCUACUAAACGCCUUACAGUUUAGAAACCUAACGAUGUCCAAAAUGUAUCAACCCGCAAGAUCUUUUUCACCGAUGUCGACUCUGCUAUCAGUAAUGGGUAGAAAACUAAGUCCUACCAAUCAGAGGUUGACCCCGGAACCACCGGAAAAAGGAGAGGUGUCCGACGAUGACGACCCGGCUGAACUCAAGCUGCAAAUGGAGUUAAGCGAACAAGAAGCUUCGGUCCUUCGAAAGAAAGUUGAGGAACUCGAAGCGGACAACCACAGAUUGAAAGCUAAAGUCAAGGAAUUGCAAGAUAAAUGUACCGCCAAGAGUACCAAUAGGCGGUCGUUGUUAGGUAGCGACAAUGGAAACAGUCUAAAUAGUCAAAAAUUAAAAGUAUUAGAGGAUGAAACGAAUGACCUCAGGAAGAAACUCAUAGAAAAGGAAAGAGACUGUGAACGACUCCAUGCUGAACUUAGUCUAACUCAGAAAAGAUCUAAAAGCAUGCAGAAAAGCAAGUCUUUGGAUCUGGACCAACAAACGUUAGAUCUAAAGCGACAACUACAAGUCAUUGAACAAGAAGCAGCUGUUCUUAGGAACAAAGUACAAGCUUUGGAAUCGGAAAAUGAGAAACUUGGCUCAGAAAACAAGAGGCUUAGCUUGUUACGAAGCACCAAGAGUUUAAAAACAGACAAAAACUUGGACAAAUACAUAGACCAAAUAGCUACUCUUGAAGUUGAACUCGCUGAAAGGGAUCAGAAGAUUAUAGAACUUGAAGAAGCCCACAGUUCUUCAAAUGUAUCGGGACAUGUCGAACUUAAGGGUGAUUAUAAAAAAUUCAGUCAAAGGGUACCAAAGAAAAUCACCUCGCUGACAUCACGGGACCAACUUAAGACGAUGGUCAGUGAUUUAGAAAAGGAAAUAGGUCAAAUGUUAGUCGCGAUGAAGUCCAGUGAAAACGAAAAGAUCAAAUUGGAGGAGGAAGUUAGAAAGAUGAAAGAGAAUGCAGAAAUAGAAAAAGCUUUGCAAGAAUUAGCUUCUAUGAAUAGAAAAUAUGAUUCGAUGAAGAAGGAAUUAGAAGAAGAAAAAUCGAAAAUUGAUAAAGGAAGUAAAGUAAACGAAGAUUUAAACAAAGCCCUUAAAAAGACAAAGGAAGAUCUUGACACAGCCAACGAGGAGAAGAGGAAACUGCAAGAGAAAAUUCAUAAACUCAACGAAGAGCAAGCAAAAUUAAAUGAUGAUAAAGAUAAUUUAAAUGAAGAAGUAUCUAAAUUGAAAGCAAAUUUAAGGAAUGCAAUAAGUAAACAAGAUGAAAUAACACUAUUAACACAAAAAGCGGAGUCUUUAAAACUUUCUCUGGAAACAAAAGACAAAGAAACCAAGAAGUUGAAAACGGAAUUAGAGGAGAAAACAAAGUUAGCUAACGAGAUUACUGGAAAAGCUCAGAAAAUCUUAGAUUUAGAAGCGCAACUGAUCAAAUAUGAAAACAAAUACAACGAAAUUGAUAAAAAAAUGAUAGAACAAAAUAAAAACUUUGAAAAUAAGAUCGAUAAAGAAAAGCAGAAAUUGAAAGCUUUGGAAAAUGAACAGACCAAGACCGAAAAUGAAAAGAAAAAGCUUGGCCAGCAAGUUGAGGGAUUGAAUACUAAGAUAAAAGGGCUAGAGAAUACAAUAGAACAAAAGAACAAGUUAGUUAAGCAGCUGGAAGACAGUUUGGCAAAAGAACGAGAAAUUGUUUCAAAAACCAACCUAAAAGUUGGGGAACUUGAGAACAGAGAAAUUAAUAAAUUAAAAGAUGAGUUAAGUAAAUCCAAGGUUUACGUAUCUGAGCUGGAAUCAAAAUUGGAAAUUUCCAACAAAACUGCAAAGAAUUUGGAAGACAAAAUUAAGAAAUCGGAAUUAGAAAACAAAAAUACCAAAUUGGAACAUGACAGAAAAAUCAAAGAACUCGAGAUAGACUUGCAGAACGAAAGGAAAAAAAUUGAAGUCUUAAAAACUAACAGUGACAAAGAACAGAAAAAUAGAGAAUUAGAACUAGCUGCACUGAAAGCUAAAAUAAAAAAGUUAGAGUUGAAUACAGGCGGGGGAGUAAAGAGAGAGCUAGAGAUCAAACAAUUCCAAGAAAACAUUGAGAAGCUAGAAAAUACAAUUGACAGGGAAAGACAAAAAUAUGAUGACUUAACGGCUAAAUACGAAAUAUUAGAGGAAGAACACGUAGUAACGAAAGCCAAAUUGGUAAUGGAAAAGGAAACUUUAGAGACGCAAUAUAAAAAUCUGAAAAAAGAAUUGGACCAAGUAGAAAAUGAACUGAGGAUUGUAAGAGACACCUUCAACACAAAACAAGACCUGUGGGUAAAGGAAAAACUAGAACUGGACCAAAGAUUGAAGGAACUCUCCAGAACAUCAUACAAUGGAGGAGAUUUGGAAAAGCAAAGACUAAAAGCUUUACUUGAAGAGAAACAGUCGGAGUGCGAGCAAUUUAAAAAGGAAUGCGACUCAAUACACGAUCAAAUGGACUUUAUGAGAAGAGAAAAUGAUGAAUUAAAAAAGAAACUCGACGAUUAUGAGAAAGUCAAUAAGAUACAGAGAAAUAUAAGCGCUGACAGUAGUGCUAUGGAGAAAGAAAUCAAACAACUGAGAGUGAGACUGAAUAAUGCUGAAAAAUCCAAAAAAUCUGAUUUAGCGGAACUCAAAAUGAGGUAUGAAAGUCAGAUAAACGUAGUGAAUGGCGAAUUACAAUCGUUACAGAACCAAGUGGUUAGAUUUAAAAGGGAAAAGGAUACUUACAAGCAUAUGCUGGAAUCUGCCCAGAAAACAAUUGGUGAUUUGAAACAAUCGCCUAAAGCAGCCAGGAGAGGUUCACAAAACAUAAAUUAUGACGAGAUGGAAGAGACAAAAACCAAAAUAGCCACUUUGGAGCAGCAAAUCAGUUGCAUGGAAGACGAACUUUCAGAAGCUAGACUGGAAAGCUCGAGGCUGAAGACAGAGCUGGUCUCAGAGCGUUCUUCUUACGAAGUUAAACUGUCAGAAUUGCAUUCUAGGGUCAACGAAUUAGAGGAAGAAAAAGUCCUGAGCAGUGGAAGGACGAAAAUAGUCGGUCUGAGGACAAGAAUGGAACUGGCUUGGCAAAAAGAAAGGGAAGAACAACAGAGAUUACUUCAAGAAACCGCUACCCUUGCUAGAGACUUACGACAGACUCUGUUCGAAGUCGAGAGGGAAAGAGACAAAGAACGUUUGGAAGCCAAGAGGAAGCAAGAUCUAUUUAAGAAGACUUCCGAAGAAGAACAGGAAGAAAAUAAGAGGAAAAUCACCGAGUUACAAUGCGACUUGUUGGAACUGAGAGACGCUCAUGCUAAAUUACGAACAACCAACGAGAAACUGCGCAGGGAAAAAGAGAGAUACGAAAAGGAAAGGGAAGACUACAGGUCAACCAUUAAUGGAAAGAAGCGUAUAGACCAGGAAGAUGACAGGAAAGUCACCGCUUUAGUGGAGCAAGUCGAUACCCUGAAACAGCUAGCACCUGAAUUGUUCUUUUCGAAAGACAACGAAGCUCCUUACACUCCAACACCACCAAGAAGAACAAAAUCAAAAUCAAGGGAAACAUCCCCGGCUUUGGACAGACGGGAGACUUCUAUAGCGCCAGAGGAGAAGCAACAACAAAUACAGUAUAUAAUGCAGAGAGUCGUACAUAUAACUGAAGACUUACGAAAACUACAGAGGUUUUCCGAAGAUGAAUACGAGAGGGAGAGAAUACGAAGGACGAUGGGAAUGAGACGGGCGACGUCCACUGAACACGAAAAUGUCUCGGGAACAAGAUACAGCACACCGUACAUGAGAAAAGCCUCGGUAAUCUCUCAAGGCAGCCUAAAGAGGAAGAGUCUUUCCCUGGAACACACCACUCAAUCAGAACAGAAGAUAUGGAACAACGAUGACAGCAUGUCAAGCCUGACGUCCUUGGAACUACACUCAGAUAUGGAAACUGGUAGAUCCCGAAGGGACGCAAGUCUUGACAGUAGGUUGUCCAGUGGAUCCACCCAAAGCGACUUAGGAGACAAGAAAAAGAAGAAGGGUAUUAUGGGAAAGCUGAAAAAAUUGACCAAAUCUAGGAGUAUAGAUGAUCAAGACCCGGGGACAUUCUCGCCUACUAGGAUUCUUUCUUCCAAGCCCAAUUCCAAUUCGGAUAUUGAAGAUAGAGGCAGUAAGAGAGACCUGAAAGAUAGAAUUACUGGUAUAUUUAAGAAGUCUGGAUCUUCUUCACGAAGUAACAGUGUCGAAAGGAGGCACGAGACUAGUUCGACGCAGAGGCCGUUGGUAAGAAAUGGUAGUAGCACCCAAAUGGCCCAACCUUCUGAUGUAGAUAAACCUCAAAAAACAAAACCCAAGAAGAGUUGAUAAUUUAAAGAAUUUCCAUUUUUUAUCCCCAUGCUUUGACAUACUUUUAGUGUAUAUUUCAUGUAGUAUUUUAAAGUUCGAUGUAAGAUAUGUGAUUUAUAUGUAUUACAACAUAUCGUGUUUUGUUUAUUCUUUCCAUUUUUCAUCCUACUACAAGAAUAAAAACAGA